AUGUCUGCAAGCAAUGUACCAGCUGAAUUACUCAUUACCACAUUCCGGUUGUUAGAAAGAAAGGCAUUGCGAGAAUGCAUGUUUGUUUGUAAGACAUGGCAUUCAUUGAUUACCCCAUUGUACUUUGAAGAGAUCCCGCUGCAUGCCGGUACUAUACUUUUAGUCAAACAACUUUUGGGGCUUCCCAGAAAGCAUCAUAAAGAACACUUUCAACGUGGACACUGGGUCAAGAAAUUAAGCAUUCAAUUCGACAAUUUCAGCUCAUACAAGACCAUGAUACCCGGACAAGAUUCCGCUAAGCGCUCAUUCAAGUUAAGACCGAAAGAAUUCGCAACCUUGCUAUCUUAUUUACCCAACCUUCGAGUGUUGGAUGCAACGAGUAGCCACUAUUUCAACUAUUACAUGGAAUGUCUAGCAGAUUCAAAUCAACGGAUCCAAAGAUUGGAACAAAUUCCGUGUGAUAUGCAUGAAAAUUCUUUUUUACCAAACCUUGCAGCAUGUUAUAACUAUCGCCAAUCACUGACUCGUUUAAAAACUGUUUAUAAUGCAUCUAGUUUGUUUUCUUAUACAUACCAGUCGGAGGAUGAUACCUUUAUUUCGUUAUUAUCGGCCUUCAAGCAUUUGACCCAUCUGGAUCUUUAUAACGAGACCUUACAUAGUCGUCUCUCCCCUUUUCAUAUUCUCGGUAUAUGUCCUAAUUUAGUGCGGCUCAAGUAUCAUACCAAAGAGUACCUGCUCGACAAUGAUUUGGUCCGAAGCAAUCUAUCCCGUUCUAAACUUAAACAGCUAGAUAUCACAGCUCCUUCCUUGUCCCCUGCCUAUAUCAAUUACAUUACAACACAUAUGCCCAAGGAUAUGGAGAAUGUAUCCAUUCAAUUGAAAAGCAUUGAUUUCUGUAAUUGGAUAUUGCAACUAGGCGUGCGUACUGCCGAUAAAUUGGCUCGCUUCUUGAGCAAAGUCAAGCAUGUUCGAAUUAUAUGCUCUGUAUCUCAGCAACAGUAUAAACGGGACUCCAAUGGCCUAAAGAUGACCUUGUUCUAUCGGUUCCUGGGUAUUUUGCGAGCUGGCCGAAACAUGUAUUGCACUGGUGCGUAUGAUGAUUUUGACCCCAACGAGACUGAGAUCAAAACAUCAGGCCACCGUCUCGAGUUUCGAUAUGGAUUAGACCACGAGGAUUUUACUCUAAAUGAAGGGGAGAAUGUAGAUCGAUGUGUGUCAGUUUUUACCCCUGACCUUGGAAAGUCCAGUAUCGGACCUGAAAUCAUUAAUCAUUUGGCAUUUACAAUGCGGCGACAAGAGGAUGAAGACAGUUUAUACCAAGCAUUAAAAUAUGCUCUUACCCAAUGUCCUCAUCUGUGUCGGUUUGAAUUGGAGAACAACACACGUCAAAUGUUUGGUGGUGCAGCGCUAAAACCAACGAGGUUUAAUCCAAGGGCGAGCAAGCAUGAUAUAUUAAAGGUGUUCAGAGUGGUGGGUGGUGGAUUGUCCAAUGAGAUGGUUGGUUUACUUAGAAAUCAUUUGCCCGGUGUACAAGAAAUCGUGACCGAAUUCGGCGAUGAAGACGGUAGUGACUGGACAGAAAAAAGUGGGGAAUUGAAUGUCACAAGCUUAUCAAGUUUAAAUAGUCUCACUUUGGACACACGCACUAUGCUUUAUAAUGAUUCUACACUCGCUAAUUUAUCAAUACACUUGGAAUAUAACGGAGAUGACACAUAUUAUACCAUUCAGAAGCAACUGACAGAAAUGAAUACAUACACUCUUGUGCGUACCGAGACUAAACCAUCGAACCCCUUUUCGAUUAAAUGUAACUCAAUUCCAAAUAUCCGCUUUAGUAUAGACAAUGAUAGAUUUUUUGAGUUUGAAGAGGGACAAAUAAUUCGACCAGAAACAUCCAUAAAGUACUGGGGAAGUUUCUUUCAGAGUACUGCAACUCAUUUCUGCUGA